AUGGAUUUCGGAUUGUCUGAAAAUCGACUAAAGCAUAAAGCUUUGAUCGCUUGAGUAAGGGACAGUUUUCCAACUUGCAUUUCUGGGUUUGUGGAACGAAUCGAAUCGAUAACCGAGUCAUUUGGAUUGUGGAACCGUUUGGAGGGAUCGUUUACAGGAGGAAAUUGUGUCAAGAACUGUUGCAGUUCUUAUCGUUGGACUCUGUUAUUGUAUUUAAUUGAUCUAUUGCAGCUCAAUCCCAAGAGCAAAGCAGAACUAUUCCAAGUAGGUUUACCCUCUUAAUAAAGUAGUAGAAUAUGUCAACCUUCUACAGGCCUGUGGGUUCAUACUCCUUGUCUCCUCAUCAAAGAAAUCAUACUUCAUAUCCUAACCACUAUUAUCCAAACUGGGAAAUUGCUUCACCUCAAAUUAAUGGUGAUCCAGGCAGGUCUCCCAUAAUGAAUGAACCUUGGUCUUGCGGUGGUGGCUAUGGUUACUUUAACCCUGCAGAAUGCCAUGGCUGCUGUGCCAACGGCUACUGGCCUGCUUGCUACGGUUUUAAACCUCCACACUCUCAUCUUCUGCCAUCACCAUUCCCUCAUUACCACCAUGGUCCUUACCUUCCAUACCCUGAAGUUUAUUCACCUUACUGUGUUCCUCCUCCACAUUACUCAGUCGGACAACCCAGAUAUGAGUAUGAUAAGAACCUACCUGGUAACCAUUGUUGUGGGUGCCCAAGCCAUCAAUGCAGUUCAAAGGUAGAUGGUAAUGUCAAGAUUGAAGAACAGGAGCCUGAAGUUGAGAAGGCUGAACAAAAAUCAUCUACACCGAUCAAGUCAGGAGAAUACCAAAAGCCAGUUGUUUGGAUUCCCCCUGGUUAUGUGAAGGAGGAGGACGGGAGUUUAUCUUCUAAACCAAGGCCACAGGUCUGGAGUGGAUGGCUUCCAUUUGACAUGAGCAACACCAAAUCACUGAAGCAGGGAGGUGAGGAAAGAAAAACACAAGACGAGCAAAAUGAAGAGGACAGGUCUCACUUCCCUUGUCCUAUAAUUUGGAUGCCUGCUUAUGAAAAGCCACAAGAAGCAGAGACAAAGGAUCUGAAGGACAUCAACUCUGUUCCAAAAUCUCCAGAGGAUACUCCACCAAAGCAAUAUCAGCAAAAUGAAGAGAAGAGGGAACACUUCCCUUUUCCAUUUUUUUGGAUGCCUGCAUAUGAUAAGAGACCAGAAGCUGAGACGAAGGAUCUGAAGGAGGUUAGCCAGGGUCCCAAGUCUGCAGAGGAGGUGCCCUCCAAGCUCAAAACUAUCCCAGUAAAGCUUCUUCGGUGUGAUGAAUGUGGGGACAAACCAAUAGUAGCAGACGACACCUCUGGAGUUAAUGCAAAAGUGGCUGAGGAAGAGUUGAAACCAAAAAGCAUACCUGUGAAGCAAAUGGAAGAUUUUGAAGAAAAGAAAUCCUCAGGUGGAACUGGGACAUCGCCCAAAAGCAUUCCUGUGAAACAGAUGGAAGAGAAUGCAAACAAGUCUUCGCAUGGCUGCAUGAAAAGCCGACCUGGAUCACCAAAGGCAUCCAAGCUAUCUCCUGUGUGCCUGCGGGUUGAUCCAUUGCCAAGGAGGAAGAAUGGUAAUGGCGCUUCAAGGUCCCCAAGCCCUCCUGGUGGGAAGGACAAAUUGCAAGAGGAACAUGGUAGAACUUCGUUGACUUCUUUGGAUACGGUUAAGGAAAGCGAAGACUCAAAAGUGCAGGAUUCUACUAUGAAGAAGGUCUCUGAAGAACAGGCAGGAAAGAAUGACAGAGAAGCUGUUGAAAUAAGGGACAAAGGCAGAAGGGAAGAUACAAUAAAGAGUUUGUGGGAUGUACCUGUGGUAAGUAAGGAGCAGAUGCCAGAGAUACUGGUCACAAAGAAAGUUGAGAUGGAUGAGAAAGAGCAGAAAACUGCCAAGGAAGCAGUAGAAUCAAAGACAGAAAAAUGGGAGGAUCCAAGGAAAAAAACAAAAAAUAUUUCAGUUACUGAAGCAGCUGUUUUAAUUCAGUCAGCCUAUCGUGGAUAUGAAGUGAGAAAGUGGCAACCAUUGAAGAAACUGAGGCAGGUGGGAAAAGUGCGUGAGCAGGUGGAGGAGGUUAGAGAGCGUAUUCAUGCUCUGGAGUCCUCUCCUGAAUUGCAGAGGGAUGAGAAGCAGAAAGUGAGCCUUGGAGAAACUAUAAUGGGUCUUCUUCUACAACUGGAUGUAAUUCAGGGCUUGCAUCCUAGCCUCAGAGAUAUCAGAAAGUCUGUGGCCAGGGACCUUGUUUCUUUGCAGGAAAGACUUGAUUCUAUGGCCAGCCAGGAAUCUGAAGGAUCUAAAUUGACAUUGGAUGCACCAACGAACAGCGCCAAACAAGUGGUAGAGAAUAUUCCAGAGACAAAUGUCGAUGUGGGUGUGCCACUGGGAAGAAAUGAUGAAGAGAAACCAUUAGAGCUUUCAAAGGCUCCUUCUAUUGCCUUGCAUGGGAAUGACACUGAGCCAAAUGGGCCAACUAAUGAGUCAAUAGAAACUGAAGGGCCUAUUUUGGAGAAACUACGUACUAGUUCUGCUGAUGAUGAAAUUGUAGUUGGUCCAUUGACUAAUGAAGUCUUGGCAGAUUCCAGGGAACAACGUGAAGAGAAAGCACUAGAGCCCCUACUGGAGGACAAAGAGAGAGAUUCUAAGAUAGAAACCAUUACAGAUGUGGAGCCUUGCUUGGUGAGGGAGAUGAUUGAAACACCACAUAAGGGGUCUGAAGAGGCACAGUCUGAAGCUGCAGGCAUGAAACUGUCAAUAGACAUGGAGGAGGAAAAAUCUACUGCUGGUCCUGAGAUGCUGGUGGAAAAUGAGUUGGAAUGCAAGCCACAAGAACUGGAUGAACUUCCACUGGUUGUGGAAUCUGUGGCAGACCAACUCAAGGAGGCAAUGGAUGAUGUGAUUCAGUUGUCAACUUUGCAAGAGUUGCAACUAGGGGUGUUGGAAGGCACUCUGAGCUCCGACUCUGAGCAGAAUGUUGGGCAUGUCACAAGGAGAAAAGAGGAGCCAGAGACACUGAGUACUGACUCAGAUGUUGGGCAUGUGACAGUAGAAAGCUUAGAAUUUGCAGAUUCCGACUCUAAACCAGGAAGCUCUGUUUUGCAGCCAACAGCUAAGGAAGAUCUUACAGAUGAGGAGCACAUGACAACUCCCAAGUUGGAGGAUUCAGCUUAUAUUCUCCAAGGGGUUGAGAGGAAUCAUGAAGAGAAACGAGUGGAAGAUCAAGUGAUUACCAAUGUUGAUUCUUUUCAAGCCGUUAGCACCAGUCCAUCUGAUUCUACAGAUCACAUCAUUGCAUCCCAGGCUGAAGAUAUGGGGGUCAUUAUGAAGGAGAGCGAGGAUGAUAUAUCUGACACUGAACUGCCCAAGAUUGAUGGAUGUAUAGUGAAAGAGGUUGGGAAAGAUUGCUUGCCAAGUAUUCAGUUGGAUGCUAUGGAGGCAGCAUGGGGAGCACCAAACGUGACAGAAGAUAAGGAUGGCACUGAUGGGUCGGAAACUGUAACUGGCGAUGAAGUUGAUCAUAAGCCCUGUGGUUCUGAAAUGGUAGAGGGGGUAAUAACAAGCUUCCCUGCAGAAAUGGAGGGAGAAAUCACAAGCUCAGAUCCAGUAGCGCAAGUGAGUCAUGAACAGUCACCAAAGAUUCUGGAUAUUGUUCAGGGUAGGCAGGUACCUCUACAUGAUAAUGAUCUUGUUGAAGACAAUGAGAAACUGAAGGAGAUGCUACAGAAGUUGCUCCUAGCGGGUAAAGAGCAGUUAUCUAUCAUUUCAGACUUGAAUGGCAGAAUCAAAGAUUUAGAGAGGAAGUUGAAGAGCAAGAAGAAAAUGAAGAUGAGACCACGAAGGGUUAAACAAUCUAAUGCUCUGGCCAAAGGGAAUGCUGCAACCUGUGCUGCAUGA